GAGAGAUGGCCCAGCGGGUGCAGUCGGUUCAGGAAUUCCUCCAGGACUCGUUUGUGCCUUUAGUAGCGGCCUUGUGUAGCGAGGAGGCAGAGAGAAUCACCCGCAAGAACAACCUGGGCUUCUGUGAGCUGGUGAAGCCCUUUUGCCGUCUCACUUCGGAAGUGCAUAUGAGAGACCCUAACAAUCAACUUCACAUAAUCAAAAAUUUGAAAAUAGCUGUCAACAACAUUCUUACUCAGCCACCUCAGCCUGGAACUAUUCGAAAACUUCUGAAUGAUGUGGUGACUGUUAGCCAGCCUGCUGAAGGAUUAUUAGCUAACGUGAUUACUGCAGGAGAUUAUGAUCUCAACAUUAGUGAUCACUCAGUUAAAGCUAGUGUUCCCUGGUACAGUAGUUGGAAAGACACACUGAUGGGACUGAACACAUCCACAUUUUAUUCAGCUACCACCCCAUGGUUUGAAGCUUAUCGAGAGAGCUUUCUUCAAUCUAUGCCAGCAUCAGACCAUGAGUUCCUAAACCAUUAUGUAGCCUGUAUGCUCGUGGUAUCAUCUAGUGAAUCUGAACCUGUGGAACAGUUUCUAAAACUAUCACAAGAGCAACAUCGGAUUCAACAUAGUAAUGAAUAUUCCUAUCCAAAAUGGUUUAUUCCAAACACAUUGAAAUAUUACGUGUUGUUGCAUGAUGUGAGUAUAGGAGAGGAACAAAGAGCUGAUUCAGUAUAUGAAGAAAUGAAACAGAGAUAUGGAACUCAGGGUUGCUACUUGCUUAAGAUAAAUUCUCGUGUGUCUAAUCGAGGAAUAGAUGAACAGAUUCCUGAUCCUUGGAGCCAAUACCUUCAGAAAAACAGUUUACAAACUCAGGAACUUUAUGAAGAUGGCACAUAUGCAGUUAUUUCAAAUAAGAAUUCUGAUCACUUCAUACCACUGGAUGGGUUAGAUAAUGAUUCCAAAGAUGGUUUAUCAAAUAACUUUAAGAGUCACCCACUUCAAUUGGAUCAUGCUAGCGACAGUAGUUGCUUCGAUGGCACAGAUUACAUAAAACCAAAUCUAUCUAUGCACGAAUCAAAGAAAUCAAAUAUUUGGACACCUCAUGGCACUUGUUUGACACUCACAGAUCAUGAUCGAAUUCGGCAAUUCAUACAAGAAUUCACUUUUAGAGGACUUUUACCACAUAUAGAGAAAACUAUUAGGCAACUGAAUGAUCAGUUAAUAUCCAGAAAAGGCUUGAGUCGCUCUUUAUUUUCUGCAACCAAAAAAUGGUUUACUGGGGGUAAAGUUCCAGAGAAAGGUGUGAAUGAACUGAAAAGCACAUCUGGUUUGUUAUACUCUCCAGAAGCACCAGAGCUUCAAAUCAGGAAAAUGGCAGAUUUGUGUUUUUUGGUGCAGCACUAUGAACUGGCAUAUAGUUGCUAUCAUACAGCAAAGAAAGACUUUUUGAAUGAUCAAGCAAUGCUGUAUGCAGCAGGAGCACUGGAAAUGGCAGCGGUAUCUGCUUUUCUUCAACCAGGAGCACCAAGGCCAUAUCCUGCCCAUUACAUGGAGACUGCAAUUCAGACCUAUAGAGACAUCUGCAAGAAUAUGUUGCUGGCAGAGAGAUGUGUGCUCCUUAGUGCUGAAAUACUAAAAAGCCAAACCAAAUAUUCAGAGGCAGCUGCUCUCCUUAUUCGUUUAACCAGUGAGGAUUCAGAUCUUCGAAGUGCGCUGCUGCUGGAACAAGCUGCACAUUGUUUUAUAAACAUGAAAAAUCCUAUGGUUAGAAAAUUUGCCUUUCAUAUGAUACUGGCUGGACAUAGAUAUAGUAAAGCAGGACAGAAAAAACAUGCUCUACGAUGCUACUGUCAAGCAAUGCAAGUUUAUAAAGGGAAAGGGUGGUCCCUUGCUGAAGACCAUAUCAACUUCACAAUUGGCCGCCAGUCUUUUACCCUUCGGCAACUUGAUAAUGCUAUAUCGGCCUUCAGGCAUAUUUUGAUCAAUGAUAGCAAGCAAACUGCGGCUCAGCAAGGAGCCUUCCUCCGAGAGUAUCUUUAUGUUUAUAAGAAUAUAAGUCAAUUGUCACCUGAUGGCCCUUUACCACAGCUUCCUUUACCCUAUAUUAACAAUUCUGAAACACGUGUAUUCUUUGGACAUGACAGACGACCCGCAGAAGGUGAAAAACAGGCAGCAACACACAUAAGCCUUGAUCAGGAAUAUGUUUCGGAAUUUUCACAGCAGUGGAAGGAACUUGAAGAGCAAGUUGUAUCUACAGUUAACAGAGGGACAACGCUUCCUAAUUUCCAGCCAACACAGUAUUGUUUGAACAGAUAUUCGGAUAACUCUAGGUUUCCACUUGCUGUAGUAGAAGAACCAAUAACAGUAGAAGUAGCUUUUAGAAAUCCACUAAAAGUUCCACUUUUAUUAAGUGAUCUGUCACUACUUUGGAAAUUCCAACCAAAGGAUUUCAAUUCAAAGAAUAAUGGAGAAACAAAAGAAUUUGAAACAUGUGGAAAAGAUAUGAUUGGGGCUGAAGUGAUAUCAGAUUUUUUGAUUAACAGUGAAGAAACUAAAAUGGCAAGACUAAAGCUCUUUCCCCAUCAAACAGGGGAGCUACACAUUCUGGGAGUCGUUUACAAUCUUGGCACUGUGCAGGGUACUACGGUGCUAGAUGGAUUAGAUUCUUCUAUUGGAUUACUGAGAGAGAAAUAUAAUUCUACUGAAAUGUCUGUGCGAGGGCGGCAAGAUUUGGAAAUCCAGGGCCCUCGGUUAAACAGUACCAAAGAAGAGAAAACAUCUAUUAAAUAUGGGCCAGAUCGACGUUUAGAUCCCAUUAUUACAGAAGAGAUGCCUUUGCUUGAGGUAUUUUUUAUAAAUUUUCCAACACUGCUGCUUUGUGGAGAAAUACGAAAGACAUACGUAGAAUUCAUGAAUGUAAGCAAAUGUCCCCUAACUGGAGUGAAAGUUGUCUCUAAACUACCUGAAUUCUUUACUUUUGGUAGUAAAGAUGCUGUUUUAACUCCACUAAGCCCAACAGCAUCUGAACAUUGCAGUGCUUAUAAGACUGUUGUUACACAUUCUACCUCAGUAUGUUCACUGGUAUCCUCAGCUGUUGCUUCAGAAUUUGGGGUUGGCACAGCAAGUCAACCUGAAAUAAUAGAUGUCCCACUUCCUGACUCAGUUCUCCUCCCUGGAGUAUCAGUACAGUUACCCAUGUGGCUACGUGGGCCAGAUGAAGAAGGAGUUCAUGAAAUAAAUUUCUUGUUUUACUAUGAAAGUAUUAAAAAGCACUCAAAAAUGUGUCACAGAGUAUUGAGACACACUGCAGUUAUUUGCACCAGCCGAUCUUUGACUGUGCGAUCUACUGUGUAUCGGAGCAAUGCUCUUGAGGAUGAAAAAGGUGAAGGUGACAAUAUGCUAGUGUUUGUGGAUGUGGAAAAUAUCAAUACUAGUGAAGCUGGUGUAAAAGAAUUUCAUAUAGUCCAAGUGUCUAGUAACAGCAGAAACUGGAAGUUACAGAAAUCCAUAAAUUUCUCUGAAGAUAAAGAUAUUAAACUGGCUAAUAGAGAAAAAGGAAAAUUGUGCUUAAAAGCAGUCAGAUGCAAACAAUCAGUAGAAAAUUAUACUUUUGCAGAUGUUGUUUUUGGAAAUGAACAGAUAAUCAGUUCAACCAGUCCGUGUGCUGACUUCUUUUUCCGAAGUUUAUAUUCCAACUUAAAAAGAAUAGAGACCCAACAUGGCAGUUUGCAAGGCCCCUGUGACAAUGCUGUCAGACAGAUACAGAAAUGUAGUGAAGUGGAUCUGAAUAUUAUUGUACUCUGGAAGGCAUAUGUUGUAGAAGAUAAUAAGCAACUCAUUUUGGAAGGCCAGCAUCAUGUCUGUCUUAAUGCAGUUGGAAAAGAUGCAUUUUCUUUACCUCAAAAGCAGGGCUUUAAAAAAAUACUUGGGAAUUCUGAUUGGGAGGACUUGGAGCAGGAAUCUACAGAAAUAAGCCUUUCAAAUCUUUUUCGCCCAGAAAGUACAUCGGUAUCAUCCAGACCAUCUGUGGAACAGUUUUCCAAUCUUAUUAAAACUAGUCUUCAUUAUCCUGAAACAUUUAAUCACUCCUUUAAUCGGAAAAGCCUUUGUAUAGUUCCAGUUACUCUUCUACUUUCAAAUUGUUCUGAAGCUGAUGUUGAUGUGAUAAUUGAUCUGCGACAUAAAACAACAAGUCCAGAAACCCUUGAAAUCCAUGGUUCAUUUACCUGGCUUGGGCAAACACAAUAUAAGCUUCAGCUAAAAGCCCAUGAAGUAUCUAACCUUCAGUUAAAGGCUUGUUUUGUUCAUACUGGAGUGUAUAAUCUUGGAACCCCACGAAUAUUUGCCAAGCUUUCCCAUCAAGUUACUUUAUUUGAAACAAGUCAACAGAAUUCAGUGCCAGCCCUGAUUAUUAUUAACAGUAUUUGACUUAUGGGUUUGUUUUAAAAACAAAACAAAGUACUGUUAUUUCAUUGAACUUGCAAUCUUGGCAUAUAACCUGUUAAAAAGUUGUAGAUAAAUCUUCCACAUAAUAUGAUUACAUGCCUAUUUCUGUUUCAUAAUACCAGGCAUCUUGGAUUCCAGUUUCUUUCUUUUUAAAAAUGUUUCAUAAGUUAAAUGGAAAUAACCACGUAACUUUUAAGAUUCCUAAUAACAAAAUUGGGAAGUCCUUGGAUAUCUUUACUGCUGAAAAAAAUGUACAGCAUGUGUUAAUAUUUGUGGCUGUAUUAGAUGGCAAUUUAGGAAAAAGGUUUGUUGGCUUUUUUGAGUAAGCCAUAGAUUGAUAAUUAUAUCAUGUUGUUUCUGUGAAGUUAACUAGGAUCCAAUUUAUUCCAGUCCAAUUCUUCUGUUUUUCAUUUUCAAUUUGAAUUCAAGUUGAAUUUGAGACUUUCUUCAUAUACUAUUAAGCAAUUCUCAUUGCAAUUGCAUAUAUAACCCCACUUAAUAUUCUACCAUUUUUGACAGCAGUUUGAAUAUUUUCUCAUUCAUCUCAGUACAAAACGCACUGUUUCAAACAAAGAAAUGUUUUGUCAGUUAAAUUCAUUCACUUUAUUAUGUAACUAGAACAAUUCAGUUGAUCUGUUUUUUUAAAGAAAGUUAAGCUUUUCAAGAAAUGUAUUAUAUUUAUAACAGAUUUGCUGUAAAUAAAAUAAAUAAAAUAAAAUGUGCAUCAUAUUCAUUAC